CCCCUGGCGAGAGUGUUGGAAGCAGAGAUUGGCCCAAUCAUGCUGAUCACCUUGCUGCCCUGCAUCCCAACAAUCGCAGCCCGAUGCUUUUGCUGAGGGCUUCGAGUUUGGUUGUCUGCACGGCCGAAAGCCCCGGGGUGAGAUUUCAGUGUGUGCCCCGACCAACUUGUCAUCAAACUAAGCCCCCAACCGCACAGUCGACAUCGUCAUGGGUGAUAAAAGCGAGCCAGCCAACGACUCCUCAGCCGUCUUUGCCGACGCUAUCUUUGCCGAGACGGUCCGCAAGGAGAUGCGUGUCCACCGUCUCUAUGAGCAUUACAUGCUGAGUCCCUCAGUCAUCCACAAGGGACUGGUCUUGACCAACAAACCAACGAGCGCCGGAAAGGAGGGAAGGAUCGAAACGGAAGACGAGGAUUACAAGAAGCUCUUGCUUUCAGCUUCCAAAUCUCCCCGGGGAAAAUACAUGGCGCCCGUGACGUCGGCGCAGGAAUGUGGCUGGGACACCGAGCCGCUGGUCCGAAACAGGGACUCUCGUUUCUAUUUUCCUCGGAAUCACACCGAAAUCACAAAGAUAUACGGACAGGCAUUUGCCAAGAAGCUCUAGCUCCAAACCAAGGUGGCGUGUGGCCCAGAGAAGAAGCGAGAUGAUGCUAUGCUGUCGCAGAAAAUGGCGGCCAUGUUAUCGUGACUCGGCAUUGAGGAUCUAUUCAAAUGCGCAUCUUGCCCUACUUCCUCAACGUGAAUGGUCGCUGGGAGUGGAAGAUGUAAUUGCACUCAAAAGAAAAAACAACGACACACACUCCAUUUUGGGAGCUCUUUGGUCAGAUCCAACGAUGUGUUUGUGCAUAAUUCAGCAGCGAUGGAUCGCAUCUGUUCAUUGCCCAGGGCCGCCACUCCGGAAGUAUUGUGUUGA